GUGGUGCGACCCCGGACGGUGCGGCGGCGGCGGCCCUUGGGCGCCUAGUAGGGAUGGAGCACAUCCGUACGACCAAGGUUGAGCAAGUGAAGCUACUUGACCGGUUCAGUACCAGCAACAAGUCGUUAACAGGAACGCUGUAUCUCACGGCCACACAUCUGCUCUUCAUAGAUGCUCAUCAGAAAGAAACCUGGAUACUGCACCACCAUAUUGCCUCCGUGGAGAAGCUCGCUCUGACGACUUCCGGGUGCCCCCUGGUGAUCCAGUGCAAGAACUUCCGGACUGUGCACUUCAUCGUUCCCAGAGAGAGAGACUGCCACGAUAUUUACAACUCUCUGCUGCAGCUGUCAAAGCAAGCAAAAUACGAAGACCUCUAUGCGUUCUCUUAUAAUCCCAAACAAAAUGACGCCGAAAGACUGCAGGGAUGGGAACUCAUUGACCUCGCCGAGGAGUAUCAGAGGAUGGGAGUGCCCAAUUCCAACUGGCAGCUGUCUGACGCCAACCGAGACUACAAGAUCUGUGAAACUUACCCCAGAGAACUGUAUGUGCCCCGAAUAGCAAGCAAACCAAUAAUUGUUGGUAGUUCCAAGUUCCGGAGCAAGGGGAGGUUUCCUGUUCUCUCCUACUACCACCAGAGUAAGGAGGCUGCCAUUUGUCGCUGUAGUCAGCCGCUGUCAGGGUUUAGUGCCCGGUGCCUCGAAGAUGAACACUUACUUCAGGCCAUCAGCAAGGCCAACCCAGCCAACCGCUACAUGUACGUCAUGGACACCAGACCCAGACAUCGUGUGCAGAGCUGGUGGGCUACACAAAAGGACAUUGGCAGAAUUAUAGUGAGGAUUUCUUCAAAAAUCUGGAAUGAUGAGAAAAUAAGAGAAAGCGAUGAGAAAAAGCGACUGAAUGCAAUGGCCAACAGAGCAGCUGGAAAAGGUUAUGAAAAUGAAGACAACUAUUCUAACAUUAGAUUUCAGUUUGUUGGAAUUGAAAAUAUCCAUGUCAUGCGGUCCAGCCUUCAGAAAUUAUUGGAAGUCAACGGUACCAAAGGGCUUUCCGUCAACGAUUUCUACUCUGGUCUGGAGAGCUCAGGAUGGCUUCGCCACAUCAAAGCUGUGAUGGACGCUGCGAUCUUCUUAGCCAAAGCAAUCGCGGCUGAGAGCGCGAGUGUGCUGGUGCACUGCUCUGACGGCUGGGACAGGACCUCGCAGGUCUGCUCCCUGGGCUCUCUCCUGCUGGAUCCCUAUUACAGGACGAUCAGAGGGUUCAUGGUUUUAAUAGAAAAAGAUUGGAUCUCCUUUGGACAUAAGUUUUCAGAGAGGUGUGGCCAUUUGGAUGGUGACCCAAAGGAAGUCUCGCCGGUGUUUACUCAGUUCUUGGAGUGUGUCUGGCAUUUGACUGAACAGUUUCCACAAGCCUUCGAGUUCAAUGAAGCGUUUCUUCUUCAGAUCCAUGAACAUAUUCAUUCAUGCCAGUUUGGAAACUUUAUUGGAAAUUGUCAGAAGGAAAGAGAAGAACUCAAGUUGAAGGAGAAGACAUACUCCCUGUGGCCAUUUCUUCUGGAUGACCAGAAGAAGUACCUCAAUCCUCUCUACGGUUCCCAGUCUCAGAAAUCGGCAGUUCUGGAGCCAAAUACAGUGUCUUUCAAUUUUAAGUUUUGGAGAAACAUGUUCCACCAGUUUGAUCGAACAUUGCAUCCUAGGCAGUCUGUAUUUAAUAUAAUUAUGAACAUGAAUGAGCAGAAUAAGCAGUUAGAGACAGAUAUCAAGGACUUAGAAUCUCAAAUUAAGCAACGUAAAAAUAAGCAAACAGAUGGAAUUCUCAGCAAGGAGUUGUUAAAUUCAGUCCGUCCUGAAUCACCCGCCCUCAAAGCCACCCUGAGUCUCAAGGAGCAGACUCUGCUGCCUGUGAACGAUGUUCUUCGAACUAUAGAGGGCAGUAGCCCUGCAGAUAACCGCUACAGCGAGUAUGCAGACGAGUUUUCCAAAGCCGAGCCUGCGGUGGUCAGCCUGGAGUAUGGCGUGGCCAGGAUGACCUGCUAGGCUCGAAGAGGGCUUUCUGGAGAGGGCUUUCUGGCUGCCUGUGGUGCGAUUAUUGUGAGGGUGGUCUGUGUGCGUGACGCAAGGAAUUUGCCUAAUAAUGAUCUUAGGGUUUAAUAGGUUAAUCGUUGAAGUCAGGGUGACAACUACUCUUGUGAGAGAAGUCAGUUUAAUUGCAUUUCUAGCAAGGAAUGAAUGACUUUCAUUUCUGUAAGAAGCAGGUGAUAUAUUGGCCAAUGUACUCCAGACACAGUUUGUACUGUAUACUAGUAAAGUGACCUGUCUAUAUGAUUUACAUGUUAAUUGCAGCCAAACAUGAAUAGCUUUCCAUAAGUAUAAUUUGAUUGCCAGAAGACUCAACUGACAAAGCCGUCCUUCACUUAAUAAUUCACAUGGCAUGUACUUUCAAUUAUGUAACUAUGAAUGUUUGCAAAUGUUGCCUAUCAGUGGUGUUUAUUGUUGAAGUGCCAUGAAAAAUAUUUCUAAGAAAGCCUUAAAACCUCAGUUUACUCAUUAAUCAUUACAUCACUCUUAGGUUUUAUAGCCGAGAGCAAUGGUUUGUUCUGUUUUGCUUGAUCAGCCUGGUUGUGUUUGUGAGGGGUUGCUCUCACACCCGCAAGAGUUGUAGGCCCUAUGGAGACAUGGUCAAGGGACACUGCCAAACUCAGGUGUGACUGGUCCCACUUCUGGAGUCAAAACAACCAAACUGGCAGUUUAAUUCUGGUUACUAUUUGUUUAGUGCUACAUUUCAUGACUUAUUAUUCAUAGCUUCAAUUGUUGAUUUCUUGUGCUUACAUUUGAUCGUCUUUUCUGAAUGGAUUCCUGCAUCCUAUUGAUUCUUAUUUUGUGAUUGGCCUUAUUCCUUGGAUAACUGUGUGAGUUUACAAAGCUAAAGCUCUCAAUUGUUAUUAGAAACAAUGAAUAGUACAUAUAUGUAUAUUUGCAAACUGUUUUAUCUCUCAAUGAAUUGUUCUUCCUAGAAUAAGUUUUCAAUUUACUCAAGAAUCUUUGGGUUUAAAAAAGGGAGUACAGAUAGUUCAGGUUUUGCUUGGUUGCAUGAGUUUUUCUCUGUGACACAUUUUUUUUCUUCUCUGUUUUCAUAGAAGAGAAAAAAGGAAAAUUAAAGGUAAUGUUUAACAAAAAAACUCAAUGCUGGGAAGAAUUUCAUUUUGCCAUGUUACAGUAACUGUUUAUUCUCUGUACUAGUACAUAUCAUUAAAGUACAAGAAAAAGAAAACAUAAAAGAAAAUUAUUUUCAAUUGACAGUAUCACCCAGCUGGCUUUAAAAUGGAAAAUUCAACGUGGGUGACACAAGCUGUGAUUCAGGGGUACUGGGAAAUCUGCAUAGGAUCCCUUCUGCUUCUUUUUAUUAUACCUACAUCUGUUAUAUUGAUUUUAAACAUAAAUAUCUUUUUCAAAUGGAAAAACAGGCUUUAUUGUAUGAGCUUAUCUAAUCCUAUUUUUUAAGUGCUUUUCUGUAAUGCAUUAUGUAAUAAGAAAAAUACUUGUUUUUUAACAGUAAUAGAAACACACUGUAAUGUAUAGUCUGGGAUUUAGCCAAGUCUGUUUCCAUAUUUGAGCCCUGGGAUGAGAAACUUAAUCUCUGUGACCGUAGAAGGGAAGCUGUUGUGCCUUGUUACCUGGUUCCAGUUGCUGACUGUGGUUUUGGGAUCUUCCACAGCACCCUUCCUAUCUUCAGCUCUUUGGCUUAUUGUUUUCAUCUUCAACUUGAGGCAUAUAUAUGUGUGUUCAUGUGCUCACAUGUGGACUGAGAAAUCCGUUAACAUCCUAAGUGACCCACAGGGUGUGUGUUGAUGAAAAGUAGAUUGUGUAUAUGUUUUAAAAGAUUGGAUUUGUAUUCAGUGUGUUUGGGAGUGUAUAGCAUGUACAUUAUUACAUAUAUUAUUUAAAGGUAAUUAAAUGCUCAUGUUUUCCAUUGAA